AUGGCCAAGGUUGCCACAGAUUUCGAAAAGAUCAUCAACGAGGGGCGUGAGCGAAAGAAGAACGAAGCCCUCGCCGAUCGCAUUUUCUCAAAGAACCGUCGCCAAAGCGCACCCUCCAAGCUCAAGUCCGCCCCCGGCCAAUCACUAGCAAGCCGUGUCGGCGUCAAGAAGCAGCGAACUUCCACCAUCGGCACCCGCUCGGCCCAGCCCGCACCUGGCAAUGUCAACGGAGAAUGGACACAUGAUCUGCAUCACUCCGUCUCAGGCGACCUAAGCUCUCGCAUUUCAGCUCCCAAUGCUGCUCAUAAGAGAGCCAACAACCGCCGCGCUGCUCGUCUGUCCGCUGCCGUGGAUCGCAUGGACACUUCUGGCGACGCGCCACAACAAGUCAACGUCGUGAAAGGCAAGGGUAGCGCUGGCAAUGGCAAUGGCAAUGGCAAUGGCAAUGGCAUGGGGAUGACGAUUCGGGGUCUCGCAGGUCCAUUCACUAUUAUGGCACAAAACUUUGCCCCUGGCACCACAGCCGCUGAUAUCGAGAGCGCUAUGACUCCCAUCGGAGGCGAGAUUUUGAGCUGUCGCAUUGUCAAGUCAAACCCAUUCCUCCUCUUCGAGCUAGCCUUUGCAUCGCGCGAGGGUGGUGAGCGAGUAAUCGAGACCUUCAACGAUAAGACCGCUGAUGGUAGAAUCAUUAAGGUCUACCCUAAGCUCGGGGCUCCUUCAAGCAAGACAAUUGCGUCUAGCAAUGCGCCAAGAAACGCCCCAAGCGGUCCCCGUGGCACCCGCGGAAACAAACCCAACGCCAACGACAACAUUGUUGAUGGCUCGAUGGGUUUCCCUGAUUUAAUGGACACAACCGCCACAAACGGCUUGCCAAGGAACAACCAGUUGUACAGCGAUAAAAUCGUGGGCGGCAACCGACGAGGCCGAGGUGGUCAAAGAGGUCGCGCCGGGCGAUGA